ACGAGAAGGACGUACAUGUCGGAAUCGAAAACAUUGCUUUCGAACGACAAAUCUUGGCAUAAAUUUUAUUUAAAGAAACGAUUGUCGGUCAUUGCUAAACGAAUGGCUUAGAAUAAUGGCGGUGUCAGGUAAUUAUAUAUUAGUCAUGGCGUUGAUGUCCAUGUACGUUUCCGGCGUCAUUUCGGUCGGUCCACCUGUUAUAGUUCCCUGUGGACAAUGUCCACCAAACGAAGUUCUCCGACAAAGUCCACCGUCCUGCGAACCGACCUGCUAUGAGGAUUGCCAACAUACUCCCCGCUUGUGCCCACAUGUACACAAACCCUCGUGUGUCUGUAAGCCUGGAUACGUCCGUAAUAAUGGUGUUUGCAUUCCCAGAAAUCAGUGCUUCGGUGGUACAAUAGACAGGCGCGGAUAUGAAGAAUCUAACGAAAGAUUCUGCCACGCGAAUGAAGACUUGUUACGUAGUCCGCCAUGUUGUGAGCCAACAUGUUUUGAUGAUUGCAGCAACAGAAUCUGUCCUCUGGUUUUCGUCGACAAACCAACUUGUGUAUGCAAAACCGGUCUGGUGCGUCACAACGGAAUGUGCAUAAGCCCGCGCAAGUGUCCAUCUGGGAAACGAAGACAUCCGAAUCACGAACGUUCCGAGUUUGCUCCAAGACCUGAGAGUUCACACAAGGACAUCUCUUCACAUACUAAUUCGCGUGACAACAAUGAUCACUAUGAUCACUACGAUCACUAUGAAGGUAGUGCAGGGAACGGUGCAGGGAACGGCGCAAGAAACGGUGCAGGGAACGGCGCAUGGAACGGUGCAGGGAACGGCGCAGGGAACGACGCAGAUAAUGACGGCCAGGUAUCCAAUUCUAACAUUGGAUUCAAGGAUCCUCCAACAGCCUGCGAGAAGUGCUUAGUGUGCAGUCAUGCGACAUCGCGACCGAAUACCUCCCGAAAUAAUCAAGCUUCCAAUGGAAACUCAUUCCAAAGCCCAGCAUCUAGCCAACAACAACUGACUGCAUCAGGGCGGCAAUCACUACUACCGACUGCUCCACCGCAGUACAAACAUGGAAAUAGGUGCAAUGGAUGUUUACCUCCGCCACCGGUAGCGAAACCGCAUCCAUGCGGUGCUUGUAACAAAAAUAAAUUUUAG